AUGAUUGUCAAUGUGGAUUCAAGAUUCCCUUCACGGAACCGAAUUGUCAACGACCAUGCAAGGAGGCCCGAAGAAAAAUCUACAACGUACACACUGUUGGUGGAUGACGAGGUCAGGAGAGACCAAAGUGUUCCAAAUGACCAGCCGACAGCUACGGAGGCAGUGUCUGCCGAAACCAGUGGAGCGAGGACGACGUACGACGGGGACAACAAGCAAUUGCGAACAGCAGGUCAGCCCACUCGGCGAAACAGGGUCCAGCCUUUUCUUCAUAGCCUUCUGAGCCUUCUGAGCCUUUUGAACGCAUCGAAUGGUUCGGCCAUUUCGGACACGAAGGGGAGGAAGGGCGCCGGAAAGCGGAAACAACGGGAUGUCGCGCACUCGGUGGGGGCAGUUCCUUUUCUCGAUUCCAGUGCUCUUGUCCCCUGGUUGUCGUCAAUCUUGAUCAGCGAACAACGCUCUCUAGACGAUGGAAUAGUAAUUCGUAAGAUAUGUCGCAGUGUCGCCCUCAGAGAACCUGUUCGUCCGCGCCUCACGCUCCUUCCAAACUGGGCAACAUUCGCUUGA